AGGAAAGAGGCGGGUCUUCUCUUCUCUUCUAUAUAUAGCACCCUUGUCUUCUCUGUGUUCCAUUCCAUAAAAAUUCACAUAACCAACCAUACACUCAGAUGUUUGCUUUGCUCUAGUCUGGCUUUGUAAGUUCUUUUCCUCACUUUUAAAUCUCUUUUUCUUUCUAUUAUCCUUCUUCUUUUUCCCUUUUCUGGGCAUAUAAAUAUGGAUAAAUUUUCACCAACUCCUACCAGAAUCAACUCCAAUUCACGUUUUGCUAAAUUUUUAGAAGAUAACAAGAAUAAGAUUCCCAACGAUGUCAUAGUAGAAAGAGUCACAAACCAAAAAGAUCCUUCUCUUCAAAAAGAUGGGAUUGUAAUCCAUGCCUAUACUCUUAGUUUGGGUUUGUAUCUUCCAUUCCAUCCAUUGAUUAGAGAGAUAUUGAGUAGACUUUGUAUAGCUCCAAUUCAAUUAGUACCUAAUUGUUGGAGGAUAAUGUUUGGUAUUUUAGCAUUGAAUUUUAUGUGUAAAAUCAACCUGGGUUGGAAAGAGUUUUGUUACUGUUAUGUAGUUAAGCAAACUUCUUCUGGUUUUCACUAUUUUUGUCUCAGAGACAAAAACUAUGCUUUGGUCACUGAUUUACCCAAUUCUGAGAAAGGUUGGAAAGAGGAAUUGAUUUGUUUAAAGGGCAAUUGGGAAAGAGCAGCUGGGGACACCUCUAAUGCUGUAUACUCAGUCCCUAGAAGUAGAACUGCAACUUCUGGCCAUUAUUCAGGCGAAAUCAAAGGUUUCAAACCUGAAGAUUGUGAAGUGAAACUAAGAGAUUUGGAAAAGGCUUGGUCAUUUAAAUAUAGAGAUUGGAGAUAUCUUCUCAAUCCAGCUAACUGGAGAAUUGUGAACAUUUCAGACAUGAGGACAAAAAGCAGAACAACUGGCUCUUCACAGCUAGAUGGGACCAUGGAAGAAGUCACAUUCCAAAUAGUCAGUAGCCAAGAAAAUGAUGAUCAGGAAGUUGAACAAGGUGAAGAACUGAGAGCUGGAUGUUCUACUCAAUCCGAAACGAUAAGAGACUAUUCAUCCUCUUCGUUUAAGAAACGAAAACUGAUUCGUUUAAGCCAUGAAAAACAAAUCCAUCCUAGCCAUUCUUAUGACUCUAGUCCUCCUCUGCAAUCGUCAAGUCAGCUCGAGCACCACGUGCCGCCCAAGGAUCAAAUUGAUCUCUUCAGGAAGACAAUGAGUACUUUGCAUUAUUCAUUUUAUAAAAACGAUUUUGAGAAAUCAGAUGAGGUGUCUGAUCUGUUUGAGAAAGAUAUUGAACUUUUAGAGGAGAAGACAGAUGAAGAAACUGCUUUAGAGGCAGCACAUUUAGUUAUGAAGGCUGGAGUUCAUGUCAUGUCCUUUGUGAACCGGCUAGACAGUAAAAAUAUGAUGAUCAAGAAAUUACAUGCUAUCAUUGAAAGGCAAGGAAGGGAAAUAGAAGAAUUGAAGUUGGAGGUUAAGAGAGCCAAAAUGGAACAUUUAAAAUGUUCAACAGCGGCAGAGAUAGAAAAUGUAAGGAAAGUUUUAGAAGAAGUAAGAUCUGAGGUCACACAGAUAAAAGAAAUCAAGUUGCAGGAUCAGAACAAAAUGUCUCCUUAUCGAUCCCUCGAGCGAACUCCCUCUUAUGGUGCUAGUGGUUUAUUUGGUAGAUCAAUCAUGCGAAGUCCAUCUUAUAGUGAUCUAUUUAAUAGUUUAAUGAGGGAUUAUGAGCCUAAUGCUGGUGAAAACCAUCAUCAAGGAGGUAAUAGCCAUGAUCCACAUGAAGACCUUGAAUUCAAUAUUGACUUCCAACCCUCCCCCAAGACUACGUGACCAUUGAUUUAUUGUAACUUUUACUUAUUUUAUUUAUAUGUUUUUUUGGCUGUAGAUCAUUGAAUUGAUGAGUUAUACAGUAAGCAAUAGAGUACAAAAGAAAUUGAAAAAUA